UGUUUUUCCAUUAAUUUGUCAUGAAGGUAGCAUUUAUGAACAUCCCACAGUCCUAGAAUGUGAGAAGACAGUACACCUGCCUGAGUUUCACAACUGCCAACUGUUUCAGCCUCAUGUCUGAACACAGCAAGGUAGACAACAUGGAGAACAGCUCACAGCUUGGACCACUGAUCACACUCAAUAAUGGAAUGGAGAGAGAGUCCUUGUCUAAUCAGAAGACCACAGAUGGAGAUUCUGUACCAUCGGUCAUCGCUCGGUUGUUGCGGAUGCUGGAGGCAGCAAAGUCUCGUCGCUCGGCAUACUCGCACACCACUAAAGAAUCAUCUCCACCAAGUGACAGGACUGUCAGUGACCAUCCACAUACAGACAGAGUAACAGAGCAGCCUCAGCAGUUUAACAAGACCCUGACUAAGAUGGGCAGCUGCUCGGUCUCCAACUCAAUGACCUCCACUAACGGCCAGAGCUCAGUAAGCUCUGAAGAUGAGACUUCACCUCGAGACAUAGAGCAGAUGAACUCUCAAGGGAAUAAGGACUUCUGCGUUAAGGACAUCAAGCAGGCGCCGUACGGUCGCAGAGAAAUAGAAAUGGCAGAGCAAGACAUGCCAGCAUUGAUGAUGCUGAGGAAGGCAGGCCAGGUACAGAAGCCACUAGCAGGGGCUAAAAUAGUGGGCUGUGUUCAUAUUACAUUACACAUGGCUGUGCUGAUAGAGACGUUGUCUGCACUGGGGGCUGAGUGUCGUUGGGCCUCUUGCAAUAUCUACUCUAUCCAGAAUAACGUAGCCGCAGCUCUUGCAGAAGCCGGUGUACCUGUUUUUGCAUGGAAAAAAGAGUCAGAGGAUGAUUACUUUUGGUGUAUAGACCGUUGUGUUGAUGUGGAAGGCUGGGAGCCAAACAUGAUUCUUGAUGAUGGGGGAGACAUGACAUACAGGAUCUAUAAGAAAUACCCACAGCUUUUCCAGAACAUCAGGGGGAUUGUUGAAGAAAGUGUUAUUGGUGUUCAUAGGUUAUAUGGAAUGUGCAAGACUGGGAAGCUUUGCUGUCCGGCAAUAAACGCCAACGAGUCACUGAUAAAGCAAAAGUUUGACAACUAUUAUUGCUGCAAGGAAUCGAUAGUGCAUGGUUUGAAGAGGGCUACUGCUCUGACUUUGGGUGGAAAGCAGGUGGUUGUCUGUGGAUAUGGAGAGGUGGGAAAAGGUUGCUGCGCUGCUCUGAAAGGGAUGAAAGCAGUUGUAUAUGUGACAGAAAUCGACCCUUUGUGUGCACUACAGGCUUGCAUGGAUGGUUUUCAACUGGUCAUAUUGAGUGAGGUCAUCAGCAUGGUGGACAUAGUUAUUACCUGCACCGGAAAUAAAAAUGUUGUUACAAGAGAGCACAUGGAUCAGCUGAAGAGCAGCUGUAUCGUGUGCAACAUGGGCCACUCCAAUACAGAGAUUGACAUGGCCAGUCUGAGGACCCCAGAGCUGAGAUGGCAACAUGUACGAGCGCAUGUGGAUCACAUAGUCUGGCCAGAUGGCAAAACCAUAGUGCUACUGGCAGAGGGACGGCUUCUAAACCUGAGCUGCGCUGCUGUGCCUGUUUCUGUGUUGUCCAUUACAGAAACUACUCAGAUUUUGGCAUUGAUUGAGUUGUUUAGUGCACCAGAGGGACAUUACAGACCAGACAUUUAUUCAUUUCCUAGAAAAAUGGAUGAGUAUGCAGCACUUCUGCACCUCCAGAACUUUGAUACACACCUAACUGAACUCACAGACGAGCAGGCCAAGUACAUAGGUGUGAACAAGAACGGCCCCUUUAAGCCGAGCUAUUACAGGUAUUAAGCUGAAGAGAGGAUCAACACACACCACAAAUGAAGACAAGCUUAAGCGGAUAAUUCAUUUUGAUACUAACUUAUCUAAGAUUUCUAAAGAUUUUUUUCCGAACAAUUCAGUAAAUCGAUUUUGUCCACACAGGUUUGCAAAAUUGUCAGAACUCGUUCAAUUCUUUUGGGUUUUCCAAAUUUCUUUGGUGAGAGACAGCACCUUUUGGGGACAAGAUGCGUAAUUGUGUGGAAACAUCAACAAAUGAGGAGUUGUUCUCAUAUUUUUUUGCUACGUGUAUUUUUCUACAAUGUUCUCAAAACAAACAAUUGCACCACAGUGCUGAGAUAAUUACAGUGCUCCAGUUCAAUAAAGGUCUAGAUCAGUUAGA